UCGUGUGGAAAGGCUUUCUUGCAMAUAGUAUAAACAAUCGUUUUCAAUCAGACAAGAUUCUGGAGGCAUCGAGUCACUAGAUACGGCUAGCUUUCAAAUCAGUACUUUAUCAAUUCUUUCAGAGCUAGGUUUAUUGUUUAUGAUCGUACUAUUUCUCUGUAUUUGGUAUUAGAAAAUUUAAAUCCGAUAUCACCUCUKCAAACCAAUAUGGCGACCAAAAGACCUCCACAGUUAUCUCAUGGCCGUCAUCCUUUACGAUCGAAUUCUCCCCAAAGAAAUUCUGUACUGGAAGAAUGUAAAGAAUACUCUAAAGAUGUCUGCAAAGGAAAGGGUAGCGGUGGCUCGAAUUUGAAGCCUGCUUUCACACCAGAUUCGAGUGUUCACCGAAGCAAAAUCGCAUCUACAACACAACAAUCAAGGCCACAGGCCAAAAGAAGGCUUGAMCUCGAUGAAUCACCUAAGUUCUACGGUUCUAAUUUUAAGACACCGAAGGCUCGCGGCGGAAAGAGACGAAUUCGACGAGAUUCUGAACCAUAUCCKCAUCUGAUUGCAACAUCUCCCUUAGAAAAGACACGUUAUGAUACCUCACUUGGCAUUCUCACAAAGAAAUUUGUAGGACUUAUUCGUGCAUCACCUGAUGGAGUACUAGACCUGAAUCAUGCGGCAGAUGUUUUGUCAGUGCAGAAACGCCGUAUCUACGACAUCACCAAUGUUCUAGAGGGAAUAGGACUUAUUGAAAAGAAGUCUAAAAACAACAUACAGUGGAGAGGAUCAUGUAUGGGAAGCAGAAGUCGGGCUGAAAUAAGCCCUCUGAUUAUGGAUUUACACACUGAUAUUGCUGAUCUAGAAGCCAAGGAAAAUCUGUUGGACCAUCUYAUUGGAAACUGCAGAUCUGAACUGAAAUUUCUCACUGAAGACCAGGAAACAUCUAAAUUUGCAUAUGUAACCUAUCGGGAUAUUCGUGAUAUMAGAAACUUCAAAGAGCAAACUGUUAUUGCUGUCAAAGCUCCACCUGAAACUAGACUUGAGGUACCUGACCCUAAUGAGAGCAUCCAGAUWUGGCUUAAGAGUAUCAGAGGAGCAAUUGAAGUGUUCCUGUGCCCAGAUGACAAAGAAAAUGACCCUUGCAAACCUCUGAAAAACCUGUCACCGAUAAAAGCAGUUGCAUCAGUAGURCCUUCAGGAUCAAGCAAUGACUUCCCUGCACCACAAAUCAAACCAAGUUUAUCCCCAGAAGCAAGUCCUGAGAAACUGAGCAUGCUACUACACACUCAUGAUACUGUGCCCAAUGAUCUUGAAGAUGACUUGGCACCGUUGUCACCAUCAUUAACAGAUGAAGAGUAUAUGUUCAGUCUCAGUAAUACUGAAGGUAUAGCUGACCUUUUUGAUGCAUAUGAUAUUUGGUAAUAAAGGRGACUUCCUUCAUAAUGGUGAAUUAUAUAAAUGUGGUUGCCUGAUAUGCACCUUGAUCAAAAAUUUCAAAAAUGUUGUAAGUGAUAGUAAUUGUAUGAUAGCCUAAUCAAUUUUAAAUCAAUUUUAAAUUAAUGUUUGAUUCCACGUAGUCCAAUGAUAUAGACAUAGUUAUUUAAUAAUCUUAUUGCAGUAAUGAAAGGAUUAGACAGUAAUACUUCAAAUAUGUUGAGAUUUGGCUAUAUCGAACUGAAUUAGAAUGAAACRCAAGUAUUAUCCAGACAGUGUUGUGUAUUAGAAACUGCACAUAUAGGUUGUAUAGUGUGUAAAUAAUUUGAUAAUUUGGUAAUAAGUACAGUCUAGUGGGCACAAUAAUUCUUAGCUGUAUGAGUAUAUUACAAGUAAACAAUAUCACAUUAAAGGAGUAUAAUUUUA